AUGUAUUACGAGUUAAUUGAAGCUAAAGAUGAAGUAGAUAAACAAUUUUUCUUGGAUACAAGACGAGCAAUAGGUAAAUAUGACAUCAUGUUAGCUUUCUUACAACAUACAAAAGAAAAUGAGAGUAUAGUAAAAUG